UUCAAAGCCUUUCAGUCCGAUCACGGCGGCGCGGUUCAUGCCAUUUUUGAGGAUAUCCGUUGGGUUUCGCAUCUAGUUUUCUGAUUUUCCCGUCCCUGUAUCUUGAACCUUACGCCAUUUGCUCAUAAUAAUAAACCACCAGUCAACACCUGGAAACCGUGCCGCGCGUCAGUGAGCUACCAGCUCACCCCCAAUUGAACCUCCAAUGGCCACCAUGACUGCAGAGAGUCCGAAUACCCUCGCCGGUGAGAAGACCUCUGCAUCGUCUGAGAACUUCGGGGACAAGAAGCUUCACGGCAAGACCGAAUCGCCCAAUGCUCCAAUAACCGAGGCAGAGCCAAGCUUUACCCAGGAAGGGGACGGCUUGGAUAUCAAUUACAGGACACUGACGUGGUGGCAAGCCGGCAUAAUCAUGAUCGCCGAGACCGUCUCCCUCGGCAUCCUCUCGCUUCCGGCCGUCGUGGCUAACCUCGGUCUCGCGCCGGGCAUUGCCCUGAUCGUCCUCAUGGGCAUCUUAUCGAGCUAUUCAGGUCUAGUCCUCGGCGACUUCCGACGCAAAUAUCCAUGGGUGCAAAGUUUUGGCGACGCGGGAGAAGUCAUGGGCCGGACUAUCGGCAUGGGUCGGUUCUUCCAGGAGUUGCUUGGCUGGGCGCAGACCACCUUCCAGAUUUUCGUCAUGGGAAGUCAUCUGUUGACUUGGACCAUCUGCCUUAACACGCUGUCGGAUAGCUCGACGUGUACCAUUGUUUGGGCUUUCGUGGGGCUGGCGGUGUUUUGGGUGCUGAACACGCCGAGGACGCUGAAAUAUGCGAGUUACAUGUCGUUUGGAUCUUUCUUCUCCAUCUUCACCGCCGUCAUGAUGACCGUCAUUGACGUCGCCAUCGAGCGGCCCAUCGGCAGCGGCAGCAUCGACGUUAGCCGCCAAAUAGGCUUCACCUCGGCCUUCCUGUCCGUGACCAACAUCGCCGUGGCCUUCUCCGGGCACUCGUGCUUCUUCGGCGUAAUCUCCGAGUUCAAGAAGCCCGAGGAGUGGCCCAAGGCCCUCGCCCUCCUGCAGAUCUGCGACACCACCAUUUACCUCGUCGCCGCGGUCGUCAUCUACUUCUACGUCGGACCCGAUGUUCCGUCUCCGGCUCUCACAGCAGCUGGUUCUCUCCAGAUCAGGAAGGCCAUUUGGGGCAUUGCUAUGCCGACUAUUGUUAUUGCCGGUGUUAUUUAUGGCCACAUUGCCGCCAAGUACAUUUUCGUACGAGUCUUCGGCGGAACGAAGCACAUUGCCAAGCGGACGAAACUGGGGGCGGUUGGGUGGUUUGGCAUCACUAUCACCGUGUGGUUCAUCGCCCUUGUCAUCGCCGAGUCGAUCCCCGUCUUCAGCAACUUGUUGGGGCUGGUUUGCGCCUUGUUCGCCAGUUGGUUCUCGUACGGACUUCCCGGGAUUCUGUGGCUCUUUAUGAACAAGGGCGAAUGGUUCAAAAACGGCAAGAGAAUUGCUGGGUUCUGCGCGAAUAUGGGCUUGUUUUUGACCGGAUUUAUUCUUUGCAUCAUGGGUUUAUGGAGCUCUGGGGAGGCUAUGGCAGCAGACACCACAGGGGCAGAGCCAUGGAGCUGUAAAAGUAAUGUGUAGGCAUACCAGUGGAGGUGGUGGGUUCAAAACAACAAUACCAAGUUAACUGCUAUGACCUUGAGCUCUAGUGGCCAAAUCCUAUUGCAGGCCCAUAAAAUAUAUUCGUCU